AUGGGGAAAUGGGUUAACUUUCGACCCGAUUGGACUCACCGUUCAAACACAGAAGGGGACAAGCUACAACAGAGGCCCGCUUGGGAGCAGCAUAUCUCACAUAUUUAUGGUGCAGACAUGACUCGACGAGAACGGGAGGAUGCGUUGAUAAGUGCAUCAUUUACGGACAUUACGAGGGCUGUAGACACGCGAAGCACAGGAUAUUCGAUUCCACAUGAAGGUUCUGCACUCCCCGAUGCAGAACGAAGAAAUUUAGAUCUCAGAGGACAGGGGGCAGUCAUGUCACAAUCUCCUGCACUUACCGCACAACCGCCUCCAGGACACGGAGACACAAGCCCAUUGACAAGUGGGCUAACCACUAGUUUCCAUCCCCAGUCUUCCAUGCAGUUAAUCUCGCGACAGGCCCAGAUUACCGCUCAGGGUCUUGAAGCUUCCUUUGCAGUCUUACGUAGUGAUGAAGGGAGUCAACACGGCGAAAGACACCACCCCAGAUAUGUACAUCCUCCGUUCGCUGCCCCAGCGUGGAACGCACAACCCAACGUAGGUGUUCUAGCAUUCGAAACUGCUACCAGUAAUGUCUUCCCUAGCGCCGCAGAGUCGAAUAUUUCGCACCUGAGUGGAGACGAGAUGGAAGUAUGCAAGGCUGCAACCCCUGAGAAGCUGGGACAUGCAUCAACUGCCAACGUAGCCGACGGAGCUAAAACGCCUCUGAAGAGACAUGCAGAUUUAAUCCCAGCAGAUGCACCCAAUCCCAAACGAUUGUCGGGAGGGGGCCCAAUUCUUACCCAGGGCCGCUCCAGGAGAGUCAAAAUUCGCGGCUCUUCUGAUAGACUCGAACCUCAUCCAAGGCUUUCUAGUGGGGAGGUGUUUGCAAGCGACAAUGAACACGCCAUCGCUGAUUGCUCAUCCACCUUUGGAACCGAUAACUAUGAAUUGUCAGAUGAUGGCCGGCGCCUACUGGAAGAGAGCGACAAGGGGUAUAACGCUGGGUCAAGUUCUCCCCCAUCUGACCUCGAAGAAGUACCAAGAGUGGAAACAAGCACAGGGAAAGGCUGGGAUACUUCUGGAGGUGAUGCACUUCACAAGCACGGAUACAUGUUACGACCACGCAAGCGGUAG